AACAAAUCUUACUUUUUCUUUUUUUACAUUGCAAUUUCCUCUUGUACUAGUCCAUGAAUUUAGCUCAUUGAUACUUUUCUGUUUCUCAAAUUUUCUUCAACCCAACCUUUACAUAAUUCCCUUCUAACAACCUCAACUGCACUAAAGGAUGAAGUAUACGGAAACUAAUGCGGACGAUUUAAAUGAUGAAUUAGAAUACCAAGUUGAUACUUCUUCAAAUGAGUCGGAGAAUGAAGACCAAGCCGACAUUUCUUCACAUGAAAAUGACACUACUCGUGAAUCCUCCUCUACAUCCUCUGAAACAAAAAGGAAUAAGCGUAAACGUCAACGUGAAAAAUUAAAAGAAAAGAAAAAGAAAAAAUUUGGUUCAUCUGACCAGCAAAGUGGUUCUCUUAUACACUCUCCGGACAUUCUCUCAGACAUUGUCAAUAAUCAGAUUCGGUUGAAUUUUAAGGAUUUGUCUGCUGUCGAACUGCAAGAUAGAUUUAUCAAAGCUUCCUACAUUCAAGAUACCCUUGACUUUUCCAAAGAAAGAAAGACUGAGAACUAUACAGACUUUUUACUCCAUGCAUUCGAAAAUCCGAAUCAAGAAAAUGUGUUCAAAAAAGUUGACGCAAACGGUAGUCCUACUACUUUAAUCUUCUGUCUUUCUGCUUUACGAGCUCUUGAUAUCGUCAAGGCUCUUCGAAAACUACAAACAAAUGAAUUCAAAAUUGCAAAACUUUUUGGAAAGCAUAUCAAACUCGACGAACACAAUGAUUACUGCAAAAAAAACAAAAUCGGCAUCGCAGUUGGAACCCCUCAACGUAUACUACAAUUGACAAACGGAAGCCUAAACCUUCAGAACUUAAAAUUUGUUGUACUCGACUAUACAUUUACAGACAAAAAAUCAUACAACAUUAUCACAAACAAUGAUUGUAAAAAACCAGUUAUGGAAUUUCUCACGCAUCCCGUACUACUUCAACGUUUAACCGACAAACAGACAAAAAUAUGUUUUUACUAGUUAUUUUUUCUCUUUUAUUUUUAUGGGUUUUUGGUUUAUUAUAUAGACUGUUUAAUAUACAGGCAUCAAAUAGCAUAAAGAGAUCCUUUUCUCACUUUGAAUUUAUAUAUAUACAUAGG